CCCACACCUGCCGCAUGCUGGGGAAUUAGGAACGAAAAUUUAUGUCUUCUGAAUACUAUCAUCAAUGUUGGUGUGCGUGCCACCAACUGUGACGUCACAAUAUCACAGACGCUGUCGUUAUGGAAAUCGCUACCGACAAAAACAAAUUUGAGAGUGAAGAAUCGUGUGAGACACAAGUGAGACAUGGGUGAUGGACGAACAAUACAUGAUAACAGCGCCUUGGAAUGAGUGCAUCCACUUUUGUUGAACCGCUCCCUCAAGCCGUCAUUGACGCGAUCUCAUUUGACUUCUUUCUGCUGCUUUUGUAUGUUAUAUGGUUGAUUAGAGCUGUUUCCAUUAAGCUCAAUAAUAACUCAGAAAAAGGAUACGGUUUGAAGAAAUCCCAGUAACGUAAAUAUGUCUACUAAAGAGCAAAAAUCUCGCCCCGUGACAGAGUCUCCAAAAGCAGAGUCUCCAGCACCUCGUGGCCGGGUUAAACCCACGGUGCAGAGUCGUGGAAAUGAAAAAGGGUUGGCAGAAUUCAGUGAGAAGACAUCAGCAAAGAAAACCGAACCGUCAACCCAGCCAGCCACGACACAUCCCUGUACAUGUACAGUAAACGUGGAAAAUAUGCUCAGAGACCAAGCUAAAUUGAUCAAGGAAGUGAUGGCUUUGAAACACAAAUUGGAGUCCUUGGAAAAGAGAGUGGAAGGUUUGAGUUCGCCCUACCCGAGUCAAGCUGUGGAUUCACCACAUGUGACAAAUGCAACUGCGGCGGUCGAGGCAGAGAGUGGUGAAAUCCCUCCAACAGUUAAAAAGACAACUGACGAUACCCUCAAAGAUUAUGAGGCCACGAUGCCACCGAAUAUACAGUUCAGGCAAAGGGAAAACAUCGAAGUCAGUUCUGCAGUAAAGGACACCCCAGAACUGCCCCAGCCUGCGACUCCACCCCCCGUCAGCCCACCUGCCACCCCCUGCCUUGCCUCUGGUGAAGAGUCGACCCAAGACGGUGUGAAGAAAACACCCCACGAGCCAGAAACUAUCUUGGGCGGCGGGAAAGUGACCAAAGUGACGACCGAUGUAGAACGCGGUACGGGAACUUCAGAGGUCGCCAAGAAAGUUAAGCCCGGAGAGACAGAUGGCGCGGCAAGGCGAAGACGCCGUAAACCUCGCAUAUUGCGACGACACCAGAAGAUAAUUGACCACGGCUCGUCAACCGACGAGGAAGCCUAUGAAGUUGCCCCUAGUCGCCUGCCGUCUCCGUUUGUACCAGGAAAAUCAUCGAGCAAGGAUCAGACUGACGUUACGGGGCAAGAGUCAGAGUACUUCAUCAGCCGUCCAACGUUACCGUUGUCAGUUGAUCACAAAACAGGCGAGAGAGAUUCGCAUCCCGGGACGGUAAGAGAAAAGCCAACAGCGCCGCCUGUCGUGCGUCAGCGUGAAGAGAUAAAACGAAAACAGGAAUUUGAAGCAGAGAAGAAGACAGAGAAAUUUCUUAGUUCAGAGAAGACUCCAGAAAUUUUGCCCCGCCAUGAUCGCAAGGAUACCGCAAGAGACAAACAGCGUUUGAAAUCCACGGAUGCGCAGAGUCGCAUGCCAUCUGAAAAAAGAGCCGAUCUCCCGGACGCCUUCAUACGCUGUCAUCCUGGGCCGCCCGACCUCAGUGUUGAGGAACUGAUCCAGGAUUGGGGUUAUGACAUGACAGAAAAACCAACAGACCUUUCGGAGACUUACUGCGACAACAAAGUUCUGAACGUGUGGCACAGGCUGACGCAGGCACCAGGCCACGGCUACCAAACCCCUCUUAUACAGAGGGAAAGAUACCUGGACGCUUUCUGGGACCGGUUUUUCACCAUCUAUGAAUCGGAGGGAAUGGCGGAUGAUUUGUACAUGAAGCAACUUUGGGAGUACAGAGAAAAAACUCGCCAGCGAGAUAUUUUGUUGAACAUAUUCAAAACGACCAUGACACAGUUCAGCGCUCUCGGUCAGUUGGCUCACAUGAGAGUGAAGAAGGUAAGGGAGAAAGGGAGCACGCUGGUUGGUAAGACAGCCACCAAGAAAUGGCAGAUCGGGGCCAAGCGUGCUCGUGACGCGGCCUUGCGUCAACUGGCGGACAUUUGGGACGAGACGGACACUAUCGAACCGCCGCCCGUAAGGCGUGUCGCGUCAAGCUCGGGUUCCAGCUACUACUCAGACCACAGCUAUAACGACUCGGAUUGGUCGGACGAGGACGGUUACUCAGCUCGGUAUCGGUGUGAUGAGGAGGUCGCUGGGAGGCCGCUUGCUGCUCCACAGCCACGCCAACCAGCGCUGAGCAAGUCCAAGUUCUGCAACUUCGUGGACCUUCUCGAAGUGCAGUACGCUCUGGAGGAAGGCGUGGAUCCGUUCUCCGCCUUUUCGGAUAUCAGGCUGGUGAAGAAAUGCGAACAAGCAAUCAACCGCGGACUGACAACGUCGAGCACUUCCCUCGUCAACAUCUGUUCCACGCCCUCCCGAACUGACAGUGAAGCUAAGAAUUAUAACAAGAAGCACGGCAAGAAGACAAAACCCAAAGAUGCAUUGAUGCUAUACAACAAUAUUAUGAAGCACUUACAUAUUACACAUACACUUUAAAAGACACACACAUGAUACAUCUAAACAAGUAAGAACUCUUCACUCACGGAUAAAAUGAUAUAUAAUGCGACAGUUUCUAAUGAAUCGUAACAAAUGUGACUCUAUACCCAAUUUCUUCCAUACAAUGUUAAACUUAAUGCUGUUGAACCGUUGAAAAGAUCAGGUGUUAUAAAAUCAUAUUUCAGAGAGGCUGAACGCUUAAAAAACAAAAGGAAAUCUGUCCUCGUAACCUCUGAUCUUUAGUGUGUACUUUUAGUUAAAUAUGUCCCUCACAUUCUACAUUUGAUAUGGAGCAUGUAUCACUAAUUUUUAUCGACACUGUGUACUACUGUAUUUAAGAAAGUGUCUGAAGAAUGAUAACCAAUAAAAA